AUGGAGGCGUGGAGGAUAGGGAGGAGGCGUCUCGCUCGGUAUGUGGAUGCUGAGAGAAACAACACGGCGCCACAGGCCGCUCGAUGCGGGGGGACUGCGGGCGCCGCCGGCCGCCGCUGGGGAUCGCGGCGAGCGGCGGGUGUCCUCGGCCGCCUGAAUCGAUUGGGGCUGGAGGUUUCUGGACUCGGGCGGCGACGUCGUCAGCGGAAGGCGGCCAGACGGGCGUCGGCUUCCACAAUUCACUGGGCGCCGGACGAGCGAACGCGAGCGCCGCGAGCGCCUCUGGCCCGAGCCGCCCGCUGUCGUCUGCGGCGGUUCCAGCGCGCCUCGCGAACAAGUAUACUUCCGCCGCAGCUCCUACAUCUGGUGCCAGUCGUCCACACAUCAGGCAUCAGCUACUUGCGUCCGGCGAGCUCCGCAUUACUUCAUCCACGCAUCUGCUAUUUGGUGGGAUUAUACGCCAAGGGUCCGCCGAAGGACGGUAUUUGGUUCCAUGUUCAUGGUUCUUCUGCUGAUGGUGACGCUGCAGCGUCAUCUGUUGCUCGUGAGACUGCAGUCUCUUUCUCCCCGCCUCCUCAGCGAGCUCCUCCAAGGCCAUCAAAUGUUCCUACAAAGAGAAAGGAGAGAGUAGCGGAUUUGGGGGAUGAUGAUGAUGAUGAUGAUUUUGUUGAUGUUCCUCCAAGACCAACAGUGAGUUCCUCCAAGGCUACUAGAGUUGCUGUUCGGAAGGGCAAAAAGUCUAAAUCAUCAAAUGCUGAACCAAAACAUUCUGAGGGCGUUCAAAAUCCUUCUAAGAGGAAAAUUCCAAACUAUAGGUCUGCACCUAACAAAGUUUUUGAAGCCAUCAAAAGUCUGAAGGAUCCACAGAAAUUAAAGAUCAGAGAUUAUCCCUUUGGGCCUUUACUAGAUCUGAAGCUGAGAGGACUUGAGAACACCAAAUUAUUGGUGUUCCUGAUGGAUCGAUUGGAUCCUGAUACACUUAUCUUGGAUAUUGGCAAUGGCAAACCCCUGAAGAUUACUAGGCAUUCUAUCCAAUGUGUCCUUGGUUUGCCAAAUAGGGGUGAACGUAUAGUUGCUCCUGAUAAACAUAAGCAAAAAGAGGCAUUGUCCAACCUGAAGAAGAAACUUGGAAUUGAAGCUGGUGCUGACAUCAAAGUGCAAGACUUGAUUACCUGGCUCCAAAAAGGAGACACUGAUCCAUUCUCAGUCAGGUGUUUUAUCAUGAUUCUCUUAGGCAAGCUCCUUGUUCCAGGGACGUCUGACUUUAUCACUGGAAAGGAGGCUGCAUUGACAGAGGAUAUGGCAUCGUUGCACUCGGUAGAUUGGGCUAGUUUCAUUUUCGAUGAAAUUGCAGUCGCUGCUAAAUUAUGGCGCUCGAAGAAAUCUUGCACCAACCCCUCCAUGCACGGAUGCCUUAUGUUUCUGCUGGUUUACUAUUUGGAUAACUUGCGGGGAGAACAUUCUACCGAUCCACAACUUACACCACGUAUUGCUCAUAUUACAAAGCAACAAGUGUUGGAUCUCAUCGAGGAAGAUAAGCAAGUGGUUAAUGGGGUUGAGACGUUUGGUGCGCUACCGUUGAGGAGCCAGCAGGGCACUUGCUACAUGGAAAACACAUCCUCUUCAACCUCUGACACUCCUGAAACCCAGCAGGCUGAUAUCCCUUCAGCAUCUCAUUCGUUUCCUUCUGCAUUUUUUCCUAGCAUGCACCAUCAUCUUGCUUGUUGUUUUGAUGGUUUACCUACGGAGAAGCAGCUUGCAGCAAAGGAUGCGUUGCGGAGGUGCGACGAGGAUGUCGCAAAGCUGAUGUUGCAAAUACGGUCUACUCAGAUGAUGGCAAUCCAAAAAAUAAGGCACAUGUUUCUCGAUGGACAGUCACAUUCAAGACCUCCACCACCACCAGAUUGUAGGGGCACCGCAAAUGCUGAUACCGCUCCGUCGCCGAUCCGACCUACCCAUACAGCUCCAAGCAUGGAAGCACCUCAACAGCGCCAACCCCCCUCAUCCCAUGUUGCUGAUGACCCUAACGUUUUGCUCCACGUGGGGCGCAACACUGAAGCCGAUACUGACUUCACAGACGCAAUCUCGUUCACUCAGAUAGUUGCGGGUAAUGGGUUCGACAAGUUAUCAAGUUCUCAACAAGCUGCUUUCAUCGACGGUUUUUUUGGUGAUUCAGUUGCUCAGUCUCCCCACGAUUCUCCUCACGAGUUUCCCUACGAUUCUCCUCACGAAGUUCUUACAAAUGGUGUCUGUAAAACAUGCUAUGAAGAAGAUGACAUGUGUGAAUCUGAUGAAGAUAUGCCUAGUGACGCUGGGGAUGCAGAUACAUUAACUGCGGAUGAAGCUACCGGUGAGCCCAUCAACAACAUAAUUUCAAGCUUUACUGGAGAUACAGUUUUACAUAUGGACCCUGGAUCUGGUGUCUGUCCACAAGCUGAUGCAGGUGCAGCAGGGCAGAUGGCCAGCCCUAGGACGCCUCAUACUUUUCGCUAUAGGGCUAUCGGUACCGAUUUACCAAUCAUGCAGUACUUAGGAUUUAUGGAUUUAAAUUUCUCUACAAGCACCUACGCCGAGCAUGCUGAGUACAAAACAAUUCUUGGAAUAGAUAGGUUGCACCAUGUGCCUACAGACUUGGAAAUUGCAUAA